UUUCAGGGUAAUCACUUUGAUCAAUAUGAAGAAGGACAUUUGGAAAUUGAACAAGCAUCACUUGACAAGCCUAUAGAAUCGCAGUUGGCCCAUAUUAGCUAAGCAGCCAUGAUCUGCCCAGUUUUAAAGCCAGGAUAAUAUUGGACACCGCUUACUCCAGAAACAUGGGUGGAAGCUGGGCCAGGGAUUGGGAAAAUCUCUUCAGGCAUUAUGAUCCUGGACUUGUUGUGGUGAUGGUAAACUUAGCAGUGGAAGAACAGAUCCCAUUCCAAUUGUUGUCAAGUAUGAUGUCAUGGGCAUGGGUCGAAUGGAAAUGGAGCUCGAUUAUGCUGAAGAUGCUACCGAACGCCGCCGUGUCUUAGAAGUAGAAAAAGAAGACACAGAAGAACUGAGACAAAAGUACAAGGAUUAUGUCGACAAAGAGAAGGCAAUUGCCAAAGCCUUGGAAGACCUCAGAGCCAACUUUUACUGUGAACUCUGUGAUAAACAGUAUCAGAAACAUCAGGAAUUUGACAACCAUAUUAACUCUUAUGAUCAUGCACACAAGCAGAGAUUAAAAGAUCUCAAACAGAGAGAGUUUGCCCGAAAUGUCUCUUCAAGAUCUCGCAAGGAUGAGAAGAAACAAGAAAAAGCCCUUCGGCGGCUCCAUGAGUUGGCAGAGCAAAGAAAACAAGCUGAAUGUGCACCUGGAAGUGGUCCUAUGUUUAGACCAACCACGGUGGCUGUAGAUGAAGAAGGUGGAGAUGAAGACAAGGAUGAAUCAACUACAAAUAGUGGCACAGGUACCACUGCUACUUGUAGCUUGGGAUCUGAAUUCUCCACAGAUAAAGGAGGCCCCUUCACUGCAGUACAGAUCACUAAUCCCACUGGACUGGCACAAGCUUCUGGGUCAUCCUCUCAAGGCAUCAGCUUUGGCCUUAAGAAUAAUUUGGGGACCCCAUUGCAAAAAUUGGGAGUAUCAUUUUCCUUUGCCAAGAAGGCUCCUGUUAAACUUGAAUCAAUAGCAUCUGUUUUCAAGGAUCAUGCAGAGGAAGGGCCCUCUGAAGAUGGAACAAAAUCUGAUGAGAAGGGUUCUGAUCAAGGACUGCAAAAGGUGGGAGAUGCUGAUGGUAGCGGUAAUCUUGAUGGUAAAAAAGAAGAUGAAGACCCUCAAGAUGGAGGGUCUCUUGCCUCAACAUUAUCCAAGUUAAAAAGGAUGAAGCGAGAGGAAGGAACUGGAGGUACAGAGCCAGAGUAUUACCACUAUAUUCCCCCAGCGCACUGCAAAGUAAAACCUAAUUUUCCCUUCUUACUCUUUAUGAGAGCCAGUGAACAAAUGGAAGGUGAUAAUACUACACACUCAAAGAAUGUCCCAGAAAGCAAAAAAAGUAAUUCUCCCAAGCCUAAAGGCUGUGUUAAGGUGACAGCAAGCCAAGGAGCAGAAAAGGCAGUUAGUGAAGUCUUUGAGCAGCAGAAGGAAGCCACUGUGACUGAGCCCUCAGAGCCUGGAAGCAAACCUGACACAAAAAAGACCACAGGAGGGGAUAUAACUGAGCAGAGUUUAGAAAGUCAAAGUCAAAAGUCUUCAGAGAUCCAAAUGUGUGAGUCUAAUCCUUCUAAAGAAACCUGUCAGGCCACCCCAGCUGGGAAAGAAAGCCAGGAAGGACCCAAACAUCCUACUGGCCCCUUUUUCCCAGUUUUGAGCAAAGAUGAAAGCACUGCCCUCCAGUGGCCAUCAGAACUAUUAAUUUUCACCAAGGCAGAACCAUCCAUUUCCUACAGUUGUAACCCUUUAUACUUUGACUUUAAACUUUCAAGGAACAAAGAUGCCAGGGGUAAAGGGACAGAAAAACCAAAGGAUAUGGGAGGAUCCUCAAAGGACCAGCUCCAAGGCCUUGAUCCUGGUGAGCCAAAUAAAAGCAAGGAAGUAGGAGAGAAUGUAGUACAUUCAUCAGGAGGCAGAAUGGAAGUACCUGCUUCAGGGCCUGCCUGUAGCAGCCUGAACAAACAGGAGCCUGGGGGCAGCCAUGGGUCAGAGACUGAAGAUAUAGGGAAAAGCCUUCCUAGCAAGAAAGAACGAUCUGGGAAGUCCCACCGACACAAAAAGAAAAAGAAACACAAAAAGUCCAGCAAACACAAACGGAAACACAAGGCUGACACAGAAGAGAAAAGCUCUAAGGCAGAGUCUGGGGAGAAGUCUAAGAAGCGUAAGAAACGAAAACGAAAGAAGAAUAAGUCAUCAGCCCCAGCAGAUUCUGAACGAGGACCCAAACCAGAACCUCCUGGAAGUGGUAGCCCUGCACCACCAAGAAGACGGCGACGCGCCCAAGAUGACUCCCAGAGGAGAUCCCUCCCUGCUGAAGAAGGGAGCAGUAGCAAAAAAGAUGAAGGUGGGGGUGGUAGCAGUUCCCAGGAUCAUGGUGGGAGGAAACACAAAGGUGAACCACCAGCUUCAUCCUGCCAGCGGAGAGCUGGCACCAAACGGAGCAGCCGAUCUAGCCAUCGGAGCCGACCCAGUAGUGGAGAUGAGGAUAGUGAUGAUGCUUCAUCACGAAGGCAGCACCCAAAGUCUCCAUCCCAGUAUAGUGAGGAGGAGGAGGAGGAAGAGGAGGAGGAAGACUCAGGCAGUGAGCAUUCCCGAAGCCGCUCACGGUCUGGCCGGCACCAUUCCUCACACCGUUCUUCCAGACGCUCUUACACAAGUAGUUCAGAUGCUUCUUCAGACCAGAGCUGCUAUAGUAGACAGCACAGUUACUCUGAUGACAGUUAUAGUGACUAUAGUGACCGAUCACGAAGACACUCUAAGCGCUCUCAUGACUCAGAUGACUCAGAUUAUGCCAGCUCCAAGCACCGAUCCAAACGACACAAAUAUUCAUCUUCUGAUGAUGACUAUAGCCUCAGUUGCAGCCAAUCUCGAAGUCGUUCUCGGAGUCAUACCAGAGAGCGCUCAAGAUCCCGGGACCGCAGCCGUAGCAGCAGUUGUAGUCGCAGUCGGAGCAAGAGGAGAAGUCGCAGCACCACAGCCCAUAGCUGGCAGCGGAGCCGGAGCUAUAGCCGGGAUCGCAGCCGUAGUACCAGGAGCCCUUCCCAGAGAUCAGGCUCCAGAAAGGGAUCAUGGGGUCAUGAGAGUCCUGAGGAAAGGCGUUCUGGUCGUCGGGACUUCAUUCGCUCAAAGAUCUAUCGCUCUCAGUCCCCCCACUAUUUUCGAUCAGGGCGGAGUGAAGGUCCUGGGAAAAAAGAUGAUGGCAGGGGAGAUGACAAUAAAGGGACAGGCCCACCCUCCCAGAACAGCAAUACUGGCACAGGAAGGGGGUCAGAAAGUGACUGCAGCCCUGAAGACAAGAACUCUGUCACUGCCAAACUGCUGUUGGAGAAGAUCCAGUCUAGGAAAGUGGAGAGGAAACCCAGUAUGAGUGAGGAGGUGCAGGCCACCCCGAGUAAAGCUGGGCUCAAGCUCAAGGACCCACCACAAGGUUACUUCGGGCCCAAGCUUCCCCCUUCUCUUGGCAAUAAGCCUGUUCUUCCACUGAUAGGGAAGCUCCCAGCUACCCGAAAGCCUAACAACAAGAAAUGUGAAGAGUCUGGCUUGGAAAGGGGGGAAGAACAAGAACAAUCGGAGACGGAAGAAGGGCCCUCAGGGAGUAAUGAUGCACCCUUUGGGCAUCAGUUCCCCUCAGAGGAAACAGCUGGCCCUUUAUCAGACCCACCCCCAGAAGAGCCAAAGUCUGAAGAAGCUACUGCUGAUCAAGCUGUGGCUCCACUAGGUACCCCAGCACACUCUGACUGCUACUCUGGGGACCCAACCAUCUCCCAUAACUACCUCCCUGACCCCAGUGAUGGGGACACCUUAGAGUCCCUGGAUAGUGGCAGUCAGCCAGGUCCUGUGGAAUCCAGCUUGCUGCCUAUAGCACCAGACCUUGAGCACUUUCCCAGUUAUGCACCUCCCAGUGGGGAACCUAGUAUUGAGUCAACAGAUGGGGCUGAGGAUGCUUCCCUGGCCCCCCUGGAGAGCCAGCCCAUCACCUUCACACCUGAGGAGAUGGAGAAGUACAGCAAGCUCCAGCAGGCUGCACAGCAACACAUCCAGCAGCAGCUUCUGGCCAAACAAGUAAAGGCCUUUCCAGCCUCCGCAGCCCUGGCUCCAGCAACUCCAGCACUGCAGCCCAUCCACAUUCAGCAGCCAGCCACAGCCUCUGCCACCUCCAUCACAACUGUUCAGCAUGCCAUCCUACAGCAUCAUGCUGCUGCUGCUGCCGCUGCCAUUGGCAUUCACCCCCACCCUCAUCCCCAGCCACUUGCCCAAGUGCAUCAUAUUCCUCAGCCCCAUCUGACCCCAAUUUCUUUGUCCCACCUCACUCACUCAAUCAUCCCUGGCCACCCUGCCACCUUUCUUGCUAGCCAUCCCAUCCACAUCAUUCCUGCCUCAGCCAUUCAUCCUGGACCCUUCACCUUCCACCCUGUCCCACAUGCUGCCCUCUACCCUACCCUUCUUGCCCCACGGCCUGCUGCAGCAGCUGCUACUGCCCUCCACCUUCACCCACUACUUCACCCCAUCUUCUCAGGUCAGGACCUGCAGCACCCGCCCAGCCAUGGCACAUGAAUUGGGGGAUGGGAGUAUAUGUAGGGCCAGGGAAGGUGACCCAAGAUUCUUCCCUUGGGGGUGUUGAGCCAUUAAUACCAGCAAGCAAAAGCUGGGAUGGGCAGUGUCUGACAGCCAAAGAAUAAUUUUGGCUUGCAGGGAAGGGUUUAGAUUUGAGGUUUGCUUUGGGUUAUUAUCAGGGAUUUACCCGCCCCCUUUCCUCCUUUCUAUUUGUCCCUCCCUCUCCUGUGUUUCUAAGCUAGGAAACACCAGUAAGUGCUACCCAACCCUUUGCAGCAAUGUCUCCAAAAUGUCAAAUUUAAAUAGUUCCCUACUCCUUCUACUUUUUAUCCUGUGCUCUUCCCUUCUAUAAAUUUUAAAACAUUUUCCUCCUCUCUGGUGGGUUGUCACCAAAGCACUUGCCAUGGGCCCAUCUGGUUCUGCCUUCUCAGUGCCACAAAGGAAGGCCAAGCGAUCUCUCCAACAGUGAAAGAUCUACCAGAUCCUGUGGAAUCCAGCUUGCUGCCUAUAGCACCAGACCUUGGAGCACUUUCCCAGUUUCCCUGGGUACCUUUGGGCAGUGUCUUUGACUAUCCCUAGUGACAUGUUAUCCCAGGUGAGAUGGAAAGGGAGUCUGACCUGGAACCAGAUGCAACUCAGGCUGCCAUUUGAUCCACUUUCCACCCAAACAGCCACACAUUUGGCACUACUCAAAUCCCUCAUCCCAGAAAAGGCAUCUGCAUAUCUCAGAAAAGAAGAUCCUAUCAUGAAUUGAAGCUAUGCGGAACAUAGUCUCCCGUGUGCUUCCCCAGAGAGGAGCUCAUGUGUCUGAAGGGUAUAUUUUCUUCUGUUGUGUUGAUGUUUCCUUCUUAAUUUAUAGGAUUUUUUAAUGUAAAAAUUGCACUGAACUCUAUAAACGUAAAAUGCUGCUUUUUGUAGCUCAUAUAAAAAGGUUCCAUAUUUGUAGUAUACUGCAAUAAUAUUUUUUACAUCCAGCUCUUUAAGUGAUCCUUGUUCUGGUGGCUUUGUGUAAAUAUGUUUGCCCUAGUUGAAUUAAGAAACUUUAAAGGUUAUAAAAUGAAAACAAAAAAAAAUAAAGUAUUUGUUUUCUGCUAGAUACAAAAAUGACUAAGCAUGUAUAUUUUAUCAAGCUCAUGUAUUUUUUGAAGUUAUGAACUAUAAAAAUGUCAAAACAUUUUUUGCUGGGACAAAAUGUUAGGUAAUUUGCAUUAAGUGGUGCCCCCAGCACUGGGAUUUUUGAGUUAAUGGGCAGCAUUCAGCUGCGGGUGUCAGAGGGAUGCUCAGUUGUGAUGGUCUCCCUCGUGUUCUUUGUUGUUUUACACAGAGAAACAGGUGGACCCUGCAGAGGAAGGGCGAGAUGCAGCUUGAUUCUCUGGAAGCAGUGAGAUUCAUUGAUUAUCUGGGGGGAAUUCCUGGGUUUCCCUGGGUACCUUAUUCCAAGCAGACCAUUUGCCUUCCUAGAACUUAGCCCCUCUGACAAUUUUUUUUUUUUUUAAUGUGCCUUUUGGGUUGGCUAGAAAGUGAAGUAGAAGUAGACCAGAGGGUAAUAGAGUUGGGACAGUUUUCUCCUUUUGUUGGGAGGUGAACACAUUUAUAGAUACCUUUUGCUUCAUAGUUCUAGGCCUUCUACCCAGCUCAGUUUCAGCAGUAGUGGUUCCUAUUUCUGUCUCUCCCAUGACACUGACCAGGGGAAUUGCCGCCUCAGCCCCAUUUCCCCCUCUUCUUGCCUCUUCACCCAGGCUCUCAGCUCUAAUUAACACACGCAAAGGUGCUUGCUUGUAUUGCAGGUCCCAUGUCCUUUGGUGUAGUUAGUGGUUUCCUCUGGCAUUUCCUUACCAAUUCCUGUGGCUAGAAUUUGUUGAGUGGCCACCUGACAGAAAAAAACAAACCAUAUUUACCUGGCCAAGACUCUGCUCCUGCCUUUCUUCUCAAAUUCCCAAAAGAAAAAGGCUUUGAGCUAAUGAGAAGCAAGUGCUAGACAAACAAAGACUCUUGGCUGAACACCGCUUCUUGCAUCCUCAGUGCUCAUCUGAUUCAGAAGUAUCACUUUUUGGAUAGCUAGCACUGGAAAAAUGAAAUCAUCUGUUUGAAGUGAAGGGAUUCAUUUUUCUUUGCUUUCAGCCCAUGUAAAUAUUUAAAUAAUACAGUAUUAACAUUUUUUGUGCUGCUUCCCUUUAGCCUGUAGAUUGAGCCAUACUCUGGCCACCUCUCUGCCUUCCUGGGGGCAGUUUUCUUUAACUUCCAGAAUAGUGAUUUUAAAACCUAAAAAAAAGGAAAAACAAAAUAACCUAUCCUUACUUACAAGCAUAACAGAUUGUAUUGAACUUUAUCACAUAUGAUAGAGCUAUAUAUGCUGUAAAAUGAGGGAAAGGAGCUUUCUAAUAAACCAAU